GUCUCUCUCUAUUGUUUCUCUCUCAACCGCCUCCAAACUUCUACAAGAACCCAUUCCCUCUCACACCGCCUCAAACUAAACUCACUCUCUCUUCACACUUUCUCACAUUCAUCACAACAAGGACACAAACAACGUUAUUCUCUCUGUCUCCUAUCAGUGUCUUCAAGCUGGCGUUAGAGAAUCAAGACACCACCACCACUGUCCGGGAAAUUAAGCCCAAGAACCGGAGAAUCAUGGGUGCGGGAGGUCCUGAUGAUGAGGACAGUCAUAGAUGGCCGCCAUGGUUGAAGCCUCUGCUUAAAGAGAGCUUCUUUGUUCAAUGCAAGAUGCACGCGGAUUCACACAAGAGCGAGUGUAAUAUGUACUGCUUGGAUUGUAUGAACGGUGCACUCUGCUCUCUCUGCCUCGCUUACCACAAAGAUCACCGUGCUAUCCAGAUAAGGAGGUCCUCAUACCAUGAUGUGAUUCGGGUCAAUGAGAUUCAGAAGGUUUUGGACAUCUCAGGGGUGCAAACCUACAUUAUCAACAGUGCAAGGGUUGUGUUCUUGAAUGAGAGGCCUCAGCCAAGGCCAGGGAAAGGGGUCACCAACACUUGCGAAGUCUGCGAGCGCAGCCUCCUCGAUUCAUUUCGAUUCUGUUCUCUUGGUUGCAAGAUUGUUGGUACAUCAAAGAAUUUCCAGAAGAAGAAGAAAUCACCAGCAAUGGCGGCAAUGGCUUCAGACUCAGAGGAUUCAUACGGCAGCAGUAGCAGCUAUGGAGGACUGAAGAACAUCAAGGUGCAGAGCUUCACUCCUUCAACGCCGCCACCAACUUCACCACCAACUUCAGUUAAUUACCGAACGGCCAAGAGAAGAAAGGGAAUACCACACCGUGCCCCAAUGGGAGGGCUAGCUCUGCAAUACUAGGAACUUAGAAAUUAACGUUAUUGCGCUAUAAUGCCCUUGUAUAAUUACCCAGAACAGUAGUUUCCCUUGCAGUUUCAGAACUCGAGCUUUUUGCAGAAAAGGGCCGGUGCUGGAAGUGUUUGUGACUUUGUUCCUUUCUCUGUUGGUAGCGGUUAGUAGCGUUUGUGUAAAUAGAAGAAAUCCAAUAGAAGUGGAAAAGGUUGGGGAAAAGUAGAAAAUAAGAUGUGAGAUAGAUUGGGGAAAAGAAUGAUGUAGCAAAAUAAGCAAAGUUCCUUUCCACCAAAGUUAAAGGUGAUGAGACAACAAUAUAGGUUUGGGUUCUAGAGUAAUUUACCAUGUUUAGAGUUGGGAUGUAAAAGGUGGGGUUAUAAAAGGGUGUGGGAAUAGAAGACCGUGACAAAUGUAAUGUAUACAAAUAGGUAGACUGUCUAUACAUGGAAUGUGAAAUAUAAUAGAUUUGGUAAAA